ACAUGGAGGAGUUUGUCAGGCGACCGUCUGGCAGGCUAACCGGGGAGGGACGGCGGCCAGCCUGAGCUCCUGGAGUCGCAGAAAUGUGUUGACAUUCACAGGACUUCCAGGGCAGAGAUGUCCACAUGGAAUUACCUGCCACUCCUUCCACUCCAGCAGCAGAGCRGCCAACAGCCAGGACCUGUAUGGAAUCUUAGGCGUCUCUCGCAAUGCCUCACAGAGUGAAAUCAAGAAGGCUUACUAUCAGAUGGCAAAGAAGUAUCAUCCAGAUGCCAACCCUGAUGAUCCAGAAGCAAAAGAGAAGUUUGCCAAACUGGCUGAAGCUUAUGAGGUGCUGAGCGAUGAGGUGAAGAGGAAGCAGUACGACACGUUUGGAGCAGCAGGUUUUGAUCCGGGCCRUGCCACGGCGGGCCAGCGGCCGUACUACAGGGCAGGUAGCGCCACUCUAGACCCUGAGGAGCUCUUCAGAAAGAUCUUUGGAGAGUUUACAGGAGGCAUGGGCUUUGGGAACAUCAACAGCAUGUUUGACCAACGACCUGAGUACGUGAUGGAACUGACAUUUCUCGAGGCAGCUAAAGGCGCUAAUAAGAAGCUGAGGAUUAAAACAGAUGAAAUCUGCCCGAGAUGUGAGGGAAAGGGCAACGAACCAGGCACCAAAUUGCCUCACUGUCACUACUGCAACGGAACGGGAAUGGAGACGACCAGCACGGGUCCUUUCAUGAUGCGCUCCACGUGCCGGCGAUGUGGYGGGAAGGGCUUCAUCAUAAUCAACCAUUGCAUUAUGUGUCGAGCAGUGGGCACCAUCAAGAACGAAAAGACCGUCACUGUGACUGUGCCCACUGGCGUGGACAACGGUCAGACAGUGCUGAUGUCAGUGGAAAAUAAAGAAAUCCUAAUAACGUUUAGAGUCGAGUCGAGCCCGGAGUUUAGACGUAACGGAGCAGACAUCCACUCUGAUGCCUUCAUCUCUGUAGCUCAGGCCGUCCUUGGAGGCACAGCCACAACAAAGGGCCUCUAUGAAACCAUUAGUGUGGUGAUCCCUGCCAGCUGUCAGGCUGACCAGGUGAUCCGGUUACAGGGAAAAGGGAUUCGGAGGAUGAACAGCAGCAGUUAUGGAGAUCAUUAUGUUCAYAUUAAGAUUAAAGUGCCAAAAAAGUUAACUCGAAGGCAGCGUUCUUUGAUGCUGAGUUAUGCAGAAGAGGAAACRGAUGUGCAGGGAAUCGUCAACGGUGUCAGUCGUCCAGCAGGAGGGGGCAGCACCGCAUCAGGCUCUGGUGCGAAAACAACCACGUCAAAGGAAGAGGAGAAGGAAGAGGAGAAAAAGGAGGAGGGAGGCUUUUUUGCCAAACUAAAGAAAAUGUUUUCCUAACACUCAGCUGCAGCUCAGAUUUUAAAAACUUCACAUCUCUAAAAAAAAAACAAUCCAGUUUGAAAGAACUUUUAUUUUAUUUAACAUUAGAUUUGUUCGUUUCAGGUCAUCUCUGCUCUCCAUGUUCAYAAAAACAUAAUAAACGUAGAAAAUAAA